AUGUUAAAAAUGUUCAAUUUGGCAAAGAUGUUGACCAUCUUUAUAUAUUUAACCUCUAUCUGUUGCUUUUUUGUCACAUCUCAAAAUGUAUUAUCUCGAGAUAUAUUACCUCAAAAUGUAUCAUCUCUAAAUACACCACCCCAAGACACAUCACCUCAGGAUAUAUGGUACAUUUAUGAAGAACCGAUAGAAGGUCUAAAACUAUAUGACACUCGCACACUUAAAGAUGGUACUUUAAUGAUUUGGAUGGCCUUUUAUGAUGAAGAAGAUCCAUCAUGCAUGUUAUCACCUUAUUUUUAUCUACGAUUGAUAGAAAGAACAGGACGAAUUACAUACAUAAAUCUUAAUUACACCUUUACCCCAGAAGUAAUUUGCCCCAUUAAUAUGACUUUUAUACCCUUAAGUUAUAAUUAUAUAAUGAUAAUUUAUGUUAAAUCAGACAAUGGUGUUAAGGGAAAGUAUGGAUUGAUAAUUAACUAUGACAGUGAGAUUAUAAGUGAAAUCUACUUAGGGAAUGUUAAUGACUAUAUUAUAGAAAGUGGAAGAUUAGAAAAAGGUUUUAUUCGUAUUGAGGAAAAUGACAAAAAAGGAAUAGUAGCAUGGAAUUGGCUUAGUACCCUAACAACAGGAAAAGUGGUGGAACUUGGAAGUGGCGAGUUUAGUGUACCAAACCUAUUAUCAUAUACUUUUGUAAAUAGUUUUAAUUUUGAUUUAAUUGAUGGAGGGAUUGGAUAUGCAUAUAUUCUAAAAUAUGAUGAAAUGGGAUCAUCAGUAACAAAUGAUCCAAAUAUUCAAUACUGGAAAAUUUAUGUUUCAUUUUUAAGAGAGGGAACAUAUUCACCUACAACACCUUCUCUUGUCUACCAAACUACUACAAAAUUAAAUAGUUUAGCAUUUAAAUCAUGUUUUUAAAAUAUUGCAGGAUAUAUAUGUAUUGUAUCAUUAAACAAUACAAUUAUAAAUAAGGAUCAAUCAAGAACUGAAGUGAAUUAUUAUCAGUUAGAAUUUUUAACAACUGGGUCCUUUGUACAAUUUGGUAUGGUCCCUAAAGAAAUAAGUAAUGCAGAAGAUUUUGAUUUGUCAAGUUUAGUUUAUGG